CAUUGUAUCCGGAGCACAGAGCCGUCUUUCCAGCAUGCAGGGGCUGCUCAGGCCAAGUGUGUGGUUCCAAAGAGGAGUUUAAUACCCCAGCCCCACCCUGUCACCAACUUAUCUUCAGAAACCUUGUAGAAUUUAGUCAUAUCCAGAAAGAGGACAGAAUUCAGCCAUGGCUCCCAGGAAGAGAGGCGGACGGGGGAUUUCAUUCAUCUUUUGCUGUUUCCGAAAUAAUGACCACCCAGAAAUCACAUAUCGACUGCGAAAUGAUAGCAAUUUUGCCCUUCAGACCAUGGAGCCAGCCUUGCCCAUGCCCCCUGCGGAGGAGCUGGACGUCAUGUUCAGUGAACUUGUGGAUGAACUUGACCUCACAGACAAACACAGGGAAGCCAUGUUUGCACUUCCAGCUGAGAAAAAGUGGCAAAUAUACUGUAGCAAGAAAAAGGACCAGGAAGAAAACAAGGGAGCUACAAGUUGGCCUGAAUUCUACAUUGAUCAACUCAAUUCCAUGGCUGCUAGAAAAUCCCUGCUGGCUUUAGAGAAGGAAGAAGAAGAAGAGAGAAGUAAAACUAUAGAGAGUUUAAAGACAGCACUAAGGACAAAACCAAUGAGGUUUGUAACCAGAUUCAUCGACUUGGAUGGCUUGUCGUGUAUUCUCAACUUUCUUAAGACCAUGGACUAUGAGACCUCUGAGUCUCGAAUACAUACCUCUCUCAUUGGAUGUAUAAAGGCGCUAAUGAACAACUCUCAAGGUCGGGCUCAUGUCCUGGCUCAUUCUGAGAGUAUUAAUGUAAUUGCUCAGAGUCUGAGCACAGAGAACAUUAAGACGAAGGUGGCCGUGCUGGAAAUCUUGGGCGCCGUGUGCCUGGUUCCUGGGGGCCACAAGAAGGUUCUACAGGCCAUGCUGCACUACCAGAAGUAUGCCAGCGAAAGGACCCGCUUUCAGACCUUAAUUAAUGACUUGGAUAAAAGCACGGGGCGAUAUCGAGAUGAAGUGAGUCUCAAGACUGCCAUCAUGUCCUUCAUUAAUGCAGUGCUAAGCCAAGGCGCAGGAGUGGAAAGUUUGGACUUUAGACUUCAUCUUCGCUAUGAAUUUCUGAUGUUAGGAAUUCAACCUGUAAUAGAUAAGUUAAGGGAACAUGAAAAUUCAACAUUAGAUAGGCACUUAGACUUUUUUGAAAUGCUCCGAAAUGAAGAUGAACUAGAAUUUGCCAAAAGAUUUGAACUGGUUCACAUAGACACAAAAAGUGCAACCCAGAUGUUUGAGUUGACCAGGAAGAGGCUGACUCACAGUGAAGCCUACCCUCACUUCAUGUCCAUCCUUCACCACUGCCUCCAGAUGCCUUACAAGAGGAGUGGCAACACUGUUCAGUACUGGCUACUGCUGGAUAGAAUCAUACAGCAGAUAGUGAUCCAGAACGACAAAGGACAGGACCCUGACUCCACACCUCUGGAGAACUUUAACAUUAAGAAUGUCGUACGAAUGUUGGUUAAUGAAAAUGAAGUUAAGCAGUGGAAAGAACAAGCAGAAAAGAUGAGAAAAGAGCACAAUGAGCUACAACAGAAACUGGAAAAGAAGGAGAGAGAAUGUGACGCCAAGACCCAAGAGAAGGAAGAAAUGAUGCAGACCUUAAAUAAAAUGAAAGAGAAACUUGAAAAGGAGACUACUGAGCAUAAGCAAGUCAAGCAGCAGGUGGCGGACCUCACAGCACAGCUCCACGAGCUCAGCAGGAGGGCCGUCUGUGCUUCUGUCCCAGGAGGACCCUCACCUGGAGCCCCAGGGGGGCCCUUUCCUUCCUCAGUGCCUGGGUCCCUUCUUCCUCCCCCGCCACCCCCACCCCUGCCAGGUGGAGUGCUUCCUCCUCCUCCACCUCCCCUCCCCCCAGGGGGCCCUCCCCCUCCCCCAGGGCCUCCUCCUUUAGGGGGAGUCAUGCCACCUCCUGGUGCACCAAUGGGACUGGCACUCAAGAAGAAAAACAUUCCUCAGCCCACAAAUGCCCUGAAGUCCUUCAACUGGUUGAAGCUGCCUGAGAACAAACUGGAAGGAACAGUAUGGACUGAAAUUGAUGAUACAAAAGUCUUCAAAAUUCUAGAUCUCGAAGACCUGGAAAGAACUUUCUCUGCCUACCAAAGACAGCAGGAUUUCUUUGUGAACAGUAACUCCAAGCAGAAAGAAGCAGAUGCCACUGAUGACACACUGAGUUCCAAACUGAAAGUCAAAGAACUUUCAGUGAUUGAUGGUCGGAGAGCUCAGAAUUGCAACAUCCUGCUGUCAAGGUUGAAAUUAUCCAAUGAUGAAAUCAAACGGGCAAUUCUAACAAUGGACGAGCAGGAAGAUCUGCCCAAGGACAUGUUGGAACAGCUUUUGAAAUUUGUUCCUGAAAAAAGUGAUAUUGACCUGUUGGAGGAACAUAAGCAUGAAUUGGAUCGGAUGGCCAAGGCUGAUCGAUUCCUGUUUGAGAUGAGCCGAAUCAAUCAUUAUCAGCAAAGACUGCAAUCGCUGUACUUCAAAAAGAAGUUUGCAGAGCGUGUGGCAGAAGUGAAACCCAAAGUAGAAGCAAUUCGUUCUGGCUCAGAAGAAAUAUUCAGGAGUGGCGCCCUCAAGCAGUUGCUGGAGGUGGUUUUGGCAUUUGGAAAUUACAUGAAUAAAGGCCAAAGAGGAAAUGCCUAUGGAUUCAAGAUAUCCAGCCUCAACAAGAUUGCUGACACAAAAUCCAGUAUUGACAAGAACAUUACCCUUUUGCACUAUCUAAUAACUAUUGUGGAAAAUAAAUACCCCAAGGUUCUCAAUCUAAAUGAAGAAUUGCGGGAUAUUCCUCAAGCGGCAAAAGUAAACAUGACUGAGCUGGACAAGGAAAUCAGUACCUUGAGAAGUGGCUUGAAAGCAGUGGAGACAGAACUGGAAUAUCAGAAGACUCAGCCCCCACAGCCUGGAGAUAAGUUUGUUUCUGUUGUCAGCCAGUUCAUCACCGUAGCCAGCUUCAGCUUCUCCGAUGUUGAAGAUCUUCUAGCAGAAGCUAAAGACCUGUUCACUAAAGCAGUGAAGCACUUUGGGGAGGACUCUGGCAAAAUACAGCCGGAUGAGUUCUUUGGCAUUUUUGACCAGUUCCUUCAAGCUGUGUCAGAAGCCAAGCAAGAGAAUGAGAACAUGAGAAAGAGGAAGGAGGAGGAAGAGCGGCGAGCUCGCAUGGAAGCACAGCUCAAAGAACAAAGGGAAAGGGAGCGGAAAAUGAGAAAAGCUAAAGAGAAUAGUGAGGAAAGCGGAGAGUUUGAUGACCUCGUUUCAGCUUUACGCUCAGGAGAAGUGUUUGACAAAGACCUUUCUAAACUGAAACGGAAUCGCAAACGCAUCUCCAACCAGGUGACGGACAGCAGCCGAGAGAGACCGGUCACGAAACUGAAUUUUUAGUUUUCCUGGAUACUUUUCUAAAAAGCUCAGUAGCAGCCCUUUGAAGUGACUAGACCGUUCCAUUACACUGCCUUGCAAUCCAAACAGUGGCAAUUUCCUCCUUCAUCUGUGAGUGUGUGUGAAUGUGUGUGUAUGUAAAUGUAUGUGUAUAUGUAUAUUAAAAAUGUAUAUAGAAGUCUGAGUAUCGUCUGGAGACCUCUAUGUAUGGAUAAAAAUUUUCUGUUAACGUACGUGCUCAGAAACCCUUUGCGUAUGCAUUCAUAUUGAGUGUGGCUCAUUUUCUUUCCCUGAACACCAUGACUGUUCAGAAGCACAAUACUAUCUCCUAAAAGAGAUGACAGACAUUCCCUAAGCAUAAAAAAGAAAAAGAAAAAAAAAAAAAAAGAGAGAGAGAAAGAAAAAGGCUUGUGAAAUAUUUUACAGUUUCCAAG